AUGCCGUUUCCUCCACAAAAUCUUCAAAAUGUCCAAGGGUUUGGAAAUUAUGCCCCUCGAGGUCUAUAUCAACCGCUUCCAGCAGAAUAUUGGCAAAACAUGAGUCAUCCAUAUUUCACGUCGUCGGUUGUUCAUGGAUAUGGUACCCCGCACACAACUGGUAUGUCUUUCACUCCUUCAAUGUCGAAUGAACCUGCAACUCCAACUUUUGUCCCAGAAACUCAACUUUCCGACCGUGAAUCCCCAAUUGAGGUGGUCAAUUUAGAAAAGACGGUUUCAAAUGCUGAGGGUACAAGAAAGCGUUCAAGUUGGACAAAGGUUGAAGACGAGGUCUUAGCGAGAAGUUUUGUCACUAUCAGUGAUGAUCCAAUAAUCGGCAAUGAUCAAAAGGCGGAUGCUUUUUGGGGACGGGUUGCAAGCUACUACAAUGAGAAUCUUCCCCAAGGUUCAAACACCAGAAGUGCAAAUGUUAUACGUGAUGAAGAUAUAUUGAGGUUUGCGUACGAAAAAUAUCUAUCUGAAAACAAUGGUGUUGCAUUCAAUCUCGAACAUGUGUGGAGAAUUGUCAAAGACCGUCCAAUGUUUACUCCACAGUCCGCUGAUCACUUUGUGGUGACAAAGAAGACGAGGACCUCAGAGUCUGGAGCAAGCAACACCUCCUCCAACCAAGAUGUGAGUAUAGACCUGGAUUAUGAAGAUACUCAUCCAAUGGGGCAAAAGGCAGCAAAAAGAAAGGGGAAAGACAAAGUAAAAUCGACCAUGGAGGAUCUGACAGUAAACUACAACAAUAUUAUCACAAAGUUCACUGAGUACACAAGCGUGAAGAAGUCCGAAGUCGAUUUGAAACAAAAACAACUUGAAGUAGAGGAGAUUAAGGCAAAAGCUGCAUUGUUCAAAUCUGAAGCUAAGAAUCGUCGCUUGAAGUUGAAGGAGUACGAAAUAUUGAACAAAGACGCCUCGCAGAUGACAAAGGAGCAGCUUAUCAUACAUGAAUGCCUAUGCAAGGAUAUUAGGUCGAGAUGGAAUAUCUAA